UGUAUCUGCGUAUCUUCGCGAUUGCUCGCUGUCUGUCGCCCGCCUGUUGAGCACCUUACCGCUUGACUCCGGUAUUACGGAAGAAAAAGACAAAGCACCUCAGAGCCGCGCACACACCGGGAGUUUCGUUUUGCAUUCUCCGCAGCGCUGCACCGAGACUUUGGAACCCAAGAGAAAGUGGGGCACAAGCCGAGGACCGCGUGCCUGUCAGACGACAACUGCUACGGUGCAUAGCCGUGGCCGCAUAGCUGUGCGUAUAGCCGUGGUCCAGUGUUUCGGCAGCGCGGAACCUCGUCGUCAUGGCUAUUCGCUACUUCCACGCGGCCGAUUACUGCGUGCUCGUGGCCGUGCUGGGCCUUUCGUCAUUCAUCGGAGUCUACUUCGCAUGGAAGGGCCGCCGCAGCACCAACAACAAAGAGUUCCUCGUGGGGAAUAAACAGUUACAGGUAUUUCCAGUGACAAUGUCUAUAAUGGCGAGCUUCUUGUCGGCGAUUGCCAUUUUGGGCGUGCCGUCGGAAAGCUUCAUCAACGGCUCCCAGUACAUGGUCAACUUCAUCGGUGUCGUCAUCGGCAUCCUCUUGGCAGCUCACGUCUUUCUGCCCGUGUUCUACGAGAUCGACAUGAUCAGCGUGAACCAAUAUUUGGAGAAGCGGUACAACUCUACAUUCAUACGAAAAUUCACUUCUGGCAUCACUGUGAUUCAAAUGUGUUUCUACCUGGGAGUAGUGCUAUACGGUCCAUCACUCGCACUUGGAUCGGUGACUGGUCUUCCAGUGUGGCUCUCCAUUCUCCUGAACGGAAGCGUUUGCGCCUUUUACACAACAAUUGGAGGUAUCAAAGCUGUAGUCUGGACCGACGUCAUACAGAUGUUGCUCAUGAUUUGCGGCUUCUUCAUCGUCCUCAUCAAGGGCUUGAUGAUAACUGGUGGGCCUGCUGCAGUUUUUGACACUGUGGACAAGCAUGGAUUGCUUGAAUUUUUUGACAUGAGCUUCGACUUUCAGAAGACGUUCACCUUCUGGAGUGUCGUCAUCGGGUCCACGAUAACCUGGACCAUGAGCAUGUGCACCAACCAGACCAUGAUCCAGCGCUACUGCAGCCUCAAGUCCAUUAACAAGGCUCGCGCGGCACUGUACGUCAACAUGCUGGGCGUCGGAGGAACGCUGACGUUAUCUGCGUUUUGUGGCCUCGUGCUUUUCGCGCUUUAUCACCAGUGCGACCCGGUCAAGGCGUCCGUAAUCAACAAAUACGACGAGAUGAUGCCGUACUUUGUUAUGGACACCUUGGGUCACCUGCCGGGCAUGACAGGGCUGUUUGUCACGGCUGUCUACAGUGGGUCACUCAGCACCAUGUCGUCUGGCUACAACGCCUUGGCCGCCAUCACGUGGGAGGAUUUCUUAAAGCCCAGACUCAAGCUAUCUCCGAAAGGCGUCAUGUGGGCAACGAAAGCGAUUGCUGCCGCCUACGGUCUCCUCACGAUAGUCAUCGCAUUUCUCGCAGGCACCUUACCUUCUAUCCUUUCGGCAACUUUCGUCACGACUGGGUGCUUCAUAGGCGCCUCCGGAGGCAUAUUCUUCCUCGGUCUCCUAUACCCAUGGUGCGAAAGCCGGACUGUCAUCCUGUCUAUGCUGACGGGCAUGGUACUCUCCUUCUGGGUUGCCAUUGGCGGCAUGGUCUACCCUCGAAAGCCUGUGAUCGCGCGCACCACCGUUGAAGCCUGCACCUUCAACUACACGCUCAAAGUGGCCCCUCAGCGAACAUACUACACGGGUGGCGUAUACGAUCUCUACCACGUGUCGUACAUGUGGAUUCCAGUAAUCAGCUUCCUUUCCACGAUCUUCGUAGCUGUAGCCGUCACGCUUAUUCGUGGUACCAAGAACGCAGCUGAUGUAGACCCAAAACUGUUAGCACCAGGUAUUAGGGAGUACUACAUAAGGACCAGAGCCAAAGACCAAGAGCAGAGUACUAAGGAACAACAGGUCACCAAGGAGCAAAAAAGCGUGCCCAUGAAGAUAGAGGUGAUUCAGGACAACUCCCCCGAGAAACCAGAGAAACUCCGCGAGAUCGUAAGCUACACCAAUGGUCACGUGAACUACGCUAUGACCAAUGACGACGGCACGGAACACACGGCUAUGUAGGCGGCCGGAAAGACUGUGAUAUUUUAGGUUGACGAACUGUCUAUGUCGUUUACACGUACAUACUUCGAUUUAUGCGCCUUAAAUUAUGAAAGUGCCCCGCAGUAGAGAUAGUACAAAGACAAAGAAAUGAUUCAAGGCCGUCAUUUUCCAGAGAACGACCAAAUACUGUGCAAAUGAUGUGCCUCGCAACUCUGUCGGUUUAGUGACUCGUUUUACGUACUGCGGCGUUCUGCGGAUUUUUAUCGUUCCAUUUCUAUCUAGCUCGAUUGAUGUCCCGUGCUUUUUUCCCCCUUUCACUGCACAUCACCAGCUCAAAAAUGCUUCCUUGAGCGCUUUCUCUUCCUUUCUACUUUACUUCUCCUUAGGGCUCAGUGGGGCUGGAAUAAUUUUGGCGCAUUGAAACUGCCACAGGACCGCGCACCAGGUAUGUUAGUUCAAUGUGAGCACGUCAUGACACUCUACUUAAACAACGAUUUGCGAUCAUUAGCUAAUGGCACGAAACUUCAGAUACGUAUUUCCAUGAAACAUCAAUCAGCGCACGAGCUCUUGUAUGGCGCGGAUACUUGACAUAUUCAAGGACUACAACUAUGCUCUGGUUCUCGCUGAAACAGUUGUCAUUGUUAUGUGUUCGUGGGCCAUCCCUUGCGGAAGCUGACUGCACUACCAACGCUUAGUGAAACAUCACUUCUCUUGUUUUAUCAUGGCCCUCUCUACACUCUGUAGCACCAAAGAAUUAUAAAUGGUAGACACCUCCUUGGGUCGCCUUUUCUUCAUCGUCAAUUUGGGAUGUUAUCGUCAGCUCCAUUUUUCAGAUCUAUCAGCUCUGUAGUCGAAAGGUGACCAGCAACUCUCCAAUAGACAGGAGUACGUUUCAUUAUUUUAGUCGCGUACCUCGAAUUUUAUGCUCU